AUGCCCCCGAUCAGCACACCGCCGGCUCCGCGUAGCAUUUUGCGCAAUCGCUCACUACAAAGCUCUUAUGUUUCGUCAUCAAGGAACAAGGUUUGCUUUGUCGAUCUAACCGGGGAAGAUGGAGGUUCAUUGCUUAAGACCAUCGGGAAUUCUUCGGCAUCCAAAAGUCGCACGGCAGGCCGGGGUCUUCCCGCGCCUCAAGUCAAUAGCAGCCCGCCAAGUCCAGUAUCUUCUCCUUCCGCAAGGACUGCAGCAACUCUAUCUGCCAACAAGAGCCGGCGAUCUUCCGAGGCGGCUGUUGCCGCCAAUUCCAUUUCACCCCGUGGACUACCUUCUCAGACUCAUCUCCCCACUGAUCCUCAUAGCUUACACAGCUAUAGUGCGCGAACUGCGCAGACUCAGCCCUCCUCCUCCUUCAGAGCAGCUUCAGUUGAUCCAGAUGCAUUACCAGCUUGUAUCUCGGGUCUCAAGCCAACAGAUAGAUACUCUGCAAAGAACAAAGCCACACCAAACAUCAUCGAUCUGACCACCGACAACAACGUGGCCCCAGCUCAACUUUGGACCGAGGAGAAGCUGCCCAGUCUUGACGAUGCUAAGGCACAGGUCUCCAAAGCGAUUCGGAAGGUGAAUUGGAGCCUCAGAAACGACGAGCGCCUCAAGGACCAGCUUCUUUUCACAGAGGAGCUGCUUGCCUGGGACUCGUCGGCGUCAGACAGCGACUCCCAGCGGUUCGGCAGGAGGCAGAGAAUCCGCGGCACGAGAUACGUCGCCAACAUGAGUCUUUUGCCCCGAGCUCUCGAACGGUCAUCCAAGACCGGAGUCCCACCCAUCGUACCCACGACAAAACGGGGUCAGAAGCCCGCCCAGACCUCUGUGGACCGACUGAUGAACGACGGCAUCGAGAGGGGCUUCAACAAGGAUUGGCUACGAUCGACGAUUGGCAGGAAGACCAGAAGGAUCAGGUUCCACGAAACUGGCAUUGACUUUCUGAUCGCUACAAGGAAAGAAAAGCGGCGACAGGAGAGAGAGGGCGAUGAGCGCGCCCGGAGGAGAGUCGAAGAGUGCGACAAGGUGCAUAUUGCUCUUGCUCUUCUCGCCCGCGACUACAAGUCAAAUCACGCAGGCCGACAGGAUGAGAAUGUACCAGGCCCCGAAAAAGCUAGCCAUUCAACUGAGCUCGACUACAAGCACAAGCCCGUCAUUGUGCAGAGCUCCACGGCCAGGUCUCCCUCACGCUCUCCUAUCAGUGACGGCUCUCUGAAAGAUUGGGCGGAUGCUUUUAGUAUCCUCGACUUUGACGAGGCUGGUAGGCUCAGGAAUGCCUCUCCUGCCCUUGAAGACGGAUCUGCCCAGUCACUUGUCUCACUGCAGCGGCGAAGGAGAGAACAAGCUCCCAGUCCUGGUCUCCCCGAGGAUGACAUGGCCACUGCUCUCAAAGGUCAUUCUAAGGAUCCCGUUCAGCAACAACAGCAUUGGGACUCUCCAGAUGAGAUGCCCCGCACAAUCCCCGAUAAAGGGGCCGAGCCGGCAUUUGCAAAGAACAAGGCUGCAUUCUGUCCCGAUACAGUCAAGAUUAAGCCAGAGGCAGGCCAGCAGUCAUAUACCGGCAUCUCUGAUGAUGAACUUAUUGCUCUCAAGCGGGAGAAUCUCGAAGAGUCUUUUGCUGAUGAAGAGGACGAGAUCCCCAGACAUACUCCUUCCCAGACAUUGCACCGUAAAGCGUCACAUUACGGUGUACCAUCAAGGUCUUCUUUGGUCCACAUCAAGUGCGAAGCAACGUCCGAUGAGGAAGCUGACAGCGUUAUCGCGGCCAAUACUCCUGCUACUAUUUUCACUGGGCCGAAGCGGCCUGUCGCGCCAAUCAACGACUUUGGCCUACCGGCAUCUUCAAAGAAACCCGGCAAGAAGACGCUAGCCACAUUUCCUUCGGUUCCACACCUUCAUUCUAAUCCAUUACAGUCGACUUUUCCCCAUGCCAACCUAGGCAAAUAUGAUCAAGACGUCCCCCGACUAUCCCUAAAGCAGAGUGGUUCCCAGGCAGACCACCGACAGUCUUCUGCUUCCAAGAAGCGAAAGACAAUUGAAGACGCGGAAGGCUGCCCUGCACAGAGCAAGAAGCCUCGGAAUUCGCCGACAACCAACGUCAACCAUACCAAGUCGGACGACAACCACCAGGGAGGCAUGGCUCCCACCACGAUCAGCGCCGAUGUGCGGGAGAAAAAAGUUCUCAAGAACAGGCGCGCAAGGCUCAACAAGAAAGCAAGAAAGGAGCGACAGAGAAAGGAGGAGGCACGAGCCGCUGCGGUGAUGGCCAAGAAGAAACAUGUCAGGGAUGAGCAGAAGAAACCAGACGGCAAGGCACCGGCCACGACUCCACCCAAGAUCAAAAAGGCAACGGACGAGAAGAACACUUCUGUCGCCAAGUCGCCGGCAAAGGGGCUUUCAGGCAGGGGCGACGGGAGAAAACGCUUUUCCACGGGUUGA